GCCGAUUAGGGGAGGUUACGAAGGGCCGACACGUGGGGUUAACGAGGGGAUGAGGAGGUAAUGCGAUAAGGUACCCGGGCCCGGCGAUAAGAAAGCUGGGCCCGCCUCCCACCUCAAGGUGUCAUGUGAGCCGUGGAGGAGCAGAAGGCGGAGUCUAACAACCAUUCACCAAUCAGAAGCAGACACGAGCCGUUCCGGGCCAGAUCCCCAAAGUGAAGAUGCCACGAGGCGAUUUUGGGCCCAGAGUGGUGACGCAACAGCGUCUCUCAUUUCCGUCGGCGUGUUUGGUGCGGCGGGGCUCGUAAGCGGCGUCUCGAGUUACAAGCGUCGACAAUGAUUCAGAACUCUACUUGGCCCUCGCUUAUCUCGCCGGAAGAGGAACGGACAGAGGCACCGGUUGGAACAGCAGACCCUGCUGAUUUUGGAGAUACGCCUGGCGACUUCGAGCACAGCCAUCGUCCUCUGGCACCUACCAAGAGAAAUUUUCUGGAGAUGAGUUUCGAUGAGUUUCUGGCGGAAGGUGAGCUCCAGGAGGCCAAGCGGCGCGCCGUGCCGGCGUUCGAGUCGCGUCCGGCCCACCUCACUGGGAUCUCGCUCGACCCGCCGGGUCAGCGCCAGAGGAGGGUGGACCCGCUGCUGUUCAUGGCCAGCCUCCAGAGCAGACUGCACGAGCCGCCGCCAGAGAACAAGGAGGUGCCGCUGCUCCGAAAGGUGCGCCUCCAGGAGUCCUACCGACUCGUCCGUCGCACGGAGCUGCAGUGGUGGCAGAUGUCGAGCUGAUCUGCCGGUACCUGGCGAAAUAGUGCAUCUCAUCAUCAGCUCAGCGCCAACCCGUCAUUUUGUCAUCACAUUCUUAUAAGCAUCUUAAAGUCAGUGUCUUCUGCCGUCUUCAUAAUCAUAUCAAUCGCUAUCACCACGGCGAGUGUUUCAUGUUCAUCAUGAUUCAAUGUUCAGUCAUAUAGUGCUGAUAUUACGUAUAUUGUGGUGCAUGUAAUGCGUUUUCUUUGUGAUCCUUGUGCGAGAUUAUGGAAUGGAUUGUAAACCACGUAACAACCUUUGUAUAGUGGAUAGAAGAUGUGGGUGAAAAGGCGGGUGCAAUCGCGUGCAUUUUUCACAUGUAAUCACAAGCGUGAAGCGGGUGCAUUUGAGUUCCACGAGUUAGCGGCGUUGGUGCUGUGCGCAACUGGUCCAGCCAGCGCCGCAUUGUCAACAAAUGCCUGUGUCAUGCAUUUUUUCUAUUGUAAUAAUAAACUCAGGAAAAUAA